AUGGAUGAAAAAGGCGGUGCAAAAUUACAGGAACCUAAAGUUGAACAGUUGCUGGACAAGCUUAGGGAGCUGCGAAGAGGUAAAAAUGUUCUGGAUGAGGAAAACAAUAAUCUGGAGUCUGUCACUGACAAACUGCAGACAGAUCUGGAAAAAUUACAAGCUGAAGCUUACCAGCUGCAGGGGAUUUAUCAAGAAAAAGAAGAGUUGUGCAGGAAGCUGCAGUUCAAAUGUGAAGAGUCUGAGCAGGAAUCUAAAAGACAGCUGAAGCAGAGCGAGACGAGCGAGGAACUGCUGGAACAGUACAGAUGUGAAAUCCAGGAAGUGAAGCUUAAACACAGGAAGCUGCGGAUGAGAUUUGAAAAGCAACUUCAGCAGCUGAUAGAGCAACACAAGCAGCUGCACACGGUCUUUACCUCCGAGAGACUCCCAGAUGAAGUGACGAGCGCUGAAAAUACAAAAAGUCAACUGUUGUCAGCUGCCGUCUGA